GAGCGAAUCAAAAUAAUUAAAUCCAUCUCCCUUUCUCCGCUAUUUUUUUUCCUUCUGUUCCAAAUGCUUCUAGUCUCGAGUCUAGGUCGAUAAAAAAGCAUCAAGCUUGUUCUAACGCCGGUUUAGUCCAUUUUCAAAAUCCGGAUUCAGCCAUCCAACCACCCAGCGAAAACAAACUCGAAUGUGAAAUUUUGUUUCCUUUUUCCUCCUUGAUCAAUUGAUUUUCCCUAUCAAUCUAGUCUACCCGUCGUUGCGAACAUCAGCGUUUUGAAACCAGCCCGUAUACCUAUGCACCUAAUCCUGUGCACGAUAAAAUCAAUUGAUAGUCGUCUCGAAUUGACGUGGCGACAGCCUCAAAAGCCCUACUCUACCACCUACUAUCAUCAGCAAAAUGACGUCUUAGCGGCGUGAGAUCACAGAGAAUUUGCGAAGAGUGAAGACCUACACUCGACGAGAAUAUUGAAUGCGAUCGCGAGAUUGGGGGAAGUUUGGAUGCCUUGACAGAAACCACAAACAAAUAUUGCGCCGCGUCGUCCCUCUACAAUCAUGGCUGUCGACAACCACCCUACCCACAUCGACCUCCCUCCUUCCCUGGUAUCGCCAAACGAAACCCAGAAAGGUACUCCAGUUUCCGACUAUGAGCGACCGAUGUCACCUUUACAUAUGCCUCCUGGGCAAAUUGAUGGAUUGGAUGCUUUGAAAGCCCAAGAAUACAUGAAUGGGCGACGGGGAUCCGGUCAAAGUAGCAAUUUGCAUCUACACAUACCGGGAAUGGUUUCACCUGCUGAUGUAGCAUUUUCGGCUAUGCACUAUCUGCCAUACCCUGCAAUUGUUCUGAAUGGCUCCAAAACGGUGGUACUCGCGAACGAAGCCACGGCGAGGCUACUGAGUGUAAAUGAUGGCGAAAUUGAAGAAGAAGAAGAAGAAGAUCAACAGCCGGCGGAACGAUACAAAGGUCAAACCCUUGCCCAAUUGGGCAUUGACAUGAUGUCAGAUCUCAAGCCGGUAUGGGUUACUUGGGAUAUGUUUUUAGAUAGUCUGGGCGACGAAAUCAAUGUCCAUGCCAAUGCACAAGAAAUGGUAUCCUCGGAAUGUGAAGGAGAUGUGACACCGACCGCAGAAAGAGCCGAUCCUCAGAAUCGAUUUACGAUGGAUGCUGAGAAGAAGACAUCGAUGGUUCACGAUGCGGUGGUGGAAGUUGUCAUCACAGCUGGGUCGAUCACAGCAUCAACUUUUGCAGGACGUACAGCUAAGAAAAUGGCAGAUAGACAUUCCUAUGCCAAGAUGAUCAUUAGUAUUUUCGAGAUCGAAGAUGAAAAAUACUUCCUAUUGACCUUCACGAGUACAGAAACUGCUCAGUCUAAGAUACCUAGCCCGAAGCGGAGCUCAAGAAAGAUUCACAACCCUAAAUUUGGGUUAAGUUCUAGCAACGGCUCCAAAUCUUCGAGCUCUCUAUCACAUUCAACCCCAUCGUCCGCAAGUUCUGAGCACGGUUCCAAUCAUGAUUCAAGUCAGGGAUCUAGUGGCUCUUCUGCGAUUACUAGUCCCACGAAUGCACCCAUGUCAUCUUCUCCAUUUCCACCUUUGGGUCCUCCAUCUCGCGUGAAUAAAUCAGGAGCCCCAUCAAUCUUACAGAAAGUAAUUGUGUUGAAAGAUGCACUGUUGGAUAAUACAGAAGUUCCUAUUCUGGCCAUGUGGAAGGAUGAAAGCUUGACGAUACCGAAUAAAGCUGCAAGGAGAUUGUUUGCCAGAGAAGCCGACAUGUCAAACGUCAAAAAUGGGUUUGAUUUGGUCCAGAAGUGGCAUUGCUAUAACCAUGAUUUUACGGAGGCUCUAGAUCCGGCAGAAUAUCCCAUUUCAAUUCUCGUCAGAACACAAACACCAUUUUCUAGCCGGUUGCUCGGAUUGUAUGACCCUGAUACUGGGAAUAAGAUUCUAUAUGAUUGUUUAGGAGAAGCGGUUCGAGAUCCAGACACCGGCGAGUUCUUGGCUGGCAUCGUUACUUGUAGGGACAUCACAGCUGUGACACAACAGAUUGCCGAAAUUAAAGAAGCCGAUGAGCAGAGAUUUCAAAUAAUCUGUGAUAGUAUGCCGCAGCUCAUUUGGACCACCACUCCCGAUGGUAUGCAUGACUGGUUUAGUCAGCGUUGGUAUGACUACACGGGUUUAACCGUUGAAGAAUCUCUGGGUGAGGGUUGGAAAUUGCCAUUCCAUCCGGAGGAUAUGGCUUUGACAAAGAAACGUUGGCUGCAUUGUCUAGAGACUGGCGAUCCCUAUACCACCGAAUAUCGUUGCAGAAAAUACGACGGAGAAUGGCGAUGGAUGCUUGGACGAGCUGUUUGUAUGAGAAACAAAGAUACUGGCAAAAUCGAAAAAUGGUAUGGAACAUGCACGGAUAUCCAUGAAGCUGUCAUGUCGAGAUUCGAAGCUAAACGACUUCGUCAACAAUUAUUGUCCGUCAUUACACAUGCUCAAGUUACACUGUUCUCAGUAGAUCGACAUCGCAAAAUUAACCUCCUCGAAGGCUCUUUCAUAUGGGAUCUUGACAGCGAUGUAGGAUCUAGCGAUGAGAGCGUUACCGGUAGUGGUAAAGCCAGGGGAAGCGAUUAUAUCGGAAAGAAUGUUUAUGAAGUCUUCUCGCACCCCAAUAAUCAAAGGCAACGACACGAUAUGAUUCCUUCUUCACUACAGCCAAUUGAGGAUAUAUUGACUGGAAAGACAAUGGAAGAUAUGCAGGAGCACGUGAUUGACAAUAGAUGGUAUCGAACAAAAUUCGUUCCCGUGUUGGGUAAAAAAGACGGGGGCGGCCACAUCAAUGAAGCGUUCAUUGAUGGCGUUAUUGGAUUAUCUAUGGAUAUUACAGAGAUUAAGGAUCGAGAAAACGACCUCCAGAUGCAAGAAAGAGAGAAUACAAGACUUCUCGCCAACGAGGCAGCUGCCAAAGAAGCAAGUCGUUUGAAGAGUCAGUUCCUCGCCAACAUGAGUCACGAAAUCAGAACACCCAUCGCGGGGGUAAUUGGAAUGGCAGAACUUUUGACUGAUAUGAAUCUCGAUGAAGAACAACAAGAGUGUGCUGAAAAUAUUCAACGUUCUGCCAACGCACUUCUUACAGUCAUCAACGAUAUUUUGGAUUUCUCAAAGGUUGAAUCUGGCCGAUUAGAUAUUGAAGAAGUCCAGUUCUCUUUAUCAGUUGUGGUCCGAGAUGUUAGCAAAAUGUUGGGAUUUGCCGCCGAACGAAAGAAUCUAAUGUUUGAAUCUAACAUUGCUGUCGGGGUUGAAAGAGAUCUGAUCGUUAUGGGUGACCCAGGUCGCGUUCGUCAGAUCAUCACGAACCUCCUUACGAAUAGUAUCAAAUUCACCAGUGAAGGAAGAGUCAAAUUUUCGGUGGUCAAAGAAAAAGAAGAUGCAGAUACUAUUGAAGUGAAGUUUGUAGUUGAAGAUAGCGGUAUUGGAAUUGAAGAGGAAGUACGAAAACGCCUUUUCAAACCUUUCAGUCAAGCAGAUUCAUCAACGGCACGAAGAUUUGGUGGCACAGGUCUAGGCCUCACGAUCAGUAAAAAUUUGGUGGAUUUGAUGCAUGGUAGAAUCACUCUGGAAUCCUCUUUGGGACAGGGUACAACGGCGACUUUCUGGAUCCCAUUCAACAAACCACAGUAUCACGAAGGAAACGUCUUGAUUGAUAUUGGAAGUUUGCCAGAUCGUUUGCAGUCUGAGAUGAGUGUUUCUUGUGGUAGCUCGGAUUAUGAUGUUGGCCCAUCGCCUCAAAAGAAUGCAUGGGAAUUGUCUAAACAUCAUCGGUCUGUUAGCAUGACACCUCCUGUUGUGUCAGAGCUAGACAUGUCUUCUGCUGAUAGGGCAAAUGUUAAAGUUCUUGUUGUUGAGGACAACGCCAUCAAUCAACAGAUUGCCUUGAAAACUAUUCGGAAAUUGGGCUUUUCCCCUUCCGCUGUCUGGAAUGGAAAGGAAGCUCUUGACUAUCUUCUAGCGGCAGAUUCUCCAAAUCCACCUCAUCCAAAGCCAGAUAUCAUUCUGAUGGAUGUACAAAUGCCAAUCAUAGACGGAUAUCGCGCCACGCAUAUAUUACGCCAUCAUUCCCCUUAUAGAUACUCGGCAUGUGAUAUCCCAAUCGUAGCCAUGACGGCGUCAGCCAUUCAAGGCGAUCGCGAAAAGUGCCAAAAAGCCGGCAUGGAUGAUUACCUGGCGAAACCUGUCAAGGGGAAAACAUUGGAGAAAAUGUUGGUGCGAUGGGCGAUUAACAGGAGAGUGCCGAAGACGAAAGGUGAGGUUGAUGACGAGGGUAGUGAUUGUGCGGAGGUGGAUAAUGAGAAUUGUGCGAAGAGGAGUGCAAAAUCGAAAUUUGACCGACGCGCCUCAACGAGUACCGCUCGCAAUCGUUCAUCAAAAUCCAUAGACAAGGGCGAGAAGCACGUGCUUAGAUCCCCAACAUCUUUACAAGCCCCUAAGAAAACCUAUCAAUCACAUUCCCAAACAUCCAGACCCGAAGUCGACUCAAAACCAGUCGAUACAACGAAACAAUCCAAAGAUUCAGCCAGGUCACUCCUCGAACAUUCCCGUCCCACGCAAAGCGAGCGCAAUAAUUCCCAUCGUCUGACACUCCCGCAGCCAGAGGACGAAGGAGAAAGGGCUGCGAGAAGAGAGGGUUUUGAGGAGAAAGCGAAAGAGUUAAGAGAUGAAAAGUUAGUCUCGGCCGCUGGUGAUGAGCAUGGUGACAUUCACAUUCAUGGGCAUGGGCAUGGAGAACCAAUAGGACUGGGGGUAGGCGAAAUAGCAGCAAAACCACAAAAACUAACAGUAGAAAAUGUGGGGAGGUUGGAAAGACAAGAAAAUGAAGAAAUGGAAAUUGCUGCAAAAUUGGACUUUGGAUUUGGGAAUAGACAUUCAAAUGCGAAUCAAAAGGCGGAACAAAAUGGACAUGACGAGACGGGAACAACUGGAAAAGAAUCAGGCAGGGUAUUGAGUGUAGCCAGGGGCGACAGUAUGGAGGUUUUGGGAGAUACGUUAAUGGGUGAUUCCAGUUGUGAAGAUUCGAGUAGGGGAGGUACACAAACGCCAAGUUCGAUGAUGAUUGCGGAUAGGAGGGCAUUUGAGAGUCCGGGUGUGAUGGAGAGUGGGGCUAUUGGAGAUUACUUGGGGGCAAACAAGAGCAAUGACAAUCAAAAUGAGAAUGCAGAAGAGAGAAAGAACAGCAAGGAUAGCAAAUCAAGCCGUCCAAGUGUAGGAAGGCGAUGGAUGGACAGUGAGGUUACUGUGCGGGGGUCAGCUACAGAAGAGUCCUAGAUGACAGUUCAACUUUGAAACUAGAUGGGUGGACUGGUAAGGUGGCAUUGCCAGUGGAAUGAUAUAUGAUAAGAUAUUUCAGAGAACUGCACAUCAGGAUCGAGAAGGGAAUAAUAAAUGAAGCGAGGCGUUUUGGUAUUGGGCUUUGGCACUGCAUGGUAUACGGUAUUGCAUUAUAUAGGGUGGUAUUCAGUUUGCAUUGGGCCAGUUGAUUGAGUCUGGUAAUGGUUAUAUACAUAUAUCCUGGAUGGUUGAAGGGGAGGGGUAUGGAGGAAUGGAUACACACACACAGGUUGAUAAUUGGAUUGUAAGAUAUCAGGAGCACUAGUCGAAUAGCUGUGUAUACUGUGGUUUGAAUAGGAAGGUCGGAAAAGUUGGAAUUCGAGAUUUAUGAUACAUACUUGUUCAUGGUGUUUAAGUAUUGUAUGGUACAUAAAGUACACAGGCACACAUAUCCUACAUGCUCUGUAAAUACAUCUCACUCAGUACGUCUAAAUCUCGAGCAGUCAAUUCAAACCAUAGCUCAGCUUAGUGUUAAUUGUUAUUGUGUCUCGGGGGCGCGAGAUUUGCACUACACGAUUUCAUUCUGAAUUUUUAAUUUUGAUUGUGAUGGAUUUGUAGAAUAAAGUAUAACCAGAUUGUUAGUACUUGUUUGUUGGAGAAAAUAAAUCUCGA